GCUGGGGGGCCCGCCCCCCGGCAGGCUGUAAGUGGUGAUAUUGACAACCCCGAAGGUGGCGUUGGGCACGUGCCGCCCGAUCCAGUCCAGCUCCGUAAGCGGCUAUUGGCUAACGUCAUCGUCGGCAAAAUCACCGCGUGGUGUUUGGGUAGGUUGAGCUCGUUCUUGGCAGACGGCAAAAGAGUUAAAAACGCGAACGGAUAUCAGAAAGUUUGUCAAAAUAUCAGAGCCGGGAAAUGACCCGGAAUGUGAUACAGAGACAGUCCCACAGGAGCCACCUGCCACUAAGAAAAGCAGGACAUGGAAGGAAGAAAAAUAAACGUUUCAGGACCAGCGGGAAAGGCAGUUUCUUGUGUUUCUGAAGCCAUCUGAUUCUGUCUCUGAGCAAGUGGCAGUGUGCGCUGUUUGGAAGAAAGAAAUGUAUCAAAUUAAAGUUGACACAAUGCAAUGUCACCAUAGCACUCAUGCAGGGGAAGUUGAAGAGAAUUACCGCGGUGAGUUUCAGGGGCACAAACUGUUACGGGAGGCAAAAACCGAGCUUGAAAGACAACAGCGAUGACUCAGCAAUUUUUUUGAUUCAAGUGUAUUGGAUUUGGGUGGCUACUUUUAAAGCUGCACUACUGUUGGGGGAAAGCAAGGAAACCAUUCAGCAACGGAGACUUCAUGAAGAAAAUUGCUCUUGGCUGUGCAACAAGAAAGUUACACUUUCCAGAGAGGUACCGCUGAGCAGCAACAUUUUGCAGAGGAUCCCGAGAGAUCUGGUGAAUUUUCGACACAACGAAAUAGCCGGAAAAGUCGCAGCAAGCCCUUUCUACAGCCGGUGCUUGGAGGAGAUCCUUGAUGUCACGAGGAAUCCCAAGAGGUCCUUACAGGACCGCCUGAGGCUGACCACAUAUCACUGGGGAAGAUGAGAAGAGAAUGAAAACCGCCGUGGCCAGAACAUUGAGACCCAGCAACCUAAGACCUGGAGGAAGCUGGAUUCCUUCCGCGUCUCCACAGGGAAGAUUCCCAAGGUCAGGACCCCAGCAGACCCCGCACUCACCCUCCAGAAGGGGCAGCAGCAGCAGGAACAGGGCGGCCAGCAGGCAGCUGAGAACACCCAUGAUACCGGCUCCCGCAACUCCAGCCGGCUCCUCCGAGGGCUAGGACCAAAACCCAGACCGGGAGGACAAAGUCACCGGCUGCAAUUUACAGGCUGCACGUCACAUUCACAAACAGAGUAUAAAACCACAAGGCAGGAUUCUGUCCCAGACACCACUGAAGCCAGGUGCAUCUGGAGGAAUGUGGGGCAUGAGAGGUCUAAGCUGUCUGCUGGCCUUUCGGCUGCUGCAGGAGCUGCCCUUGCUGGAAGCUUGUGAGCAGCCAACAGGAUCUCCCCGCAUUGUGGGGGGUAAUGAUGCCAAGAAUGGGGCCUGGCCCUGGCAGGUCAGCAUCCGUGAAGGCAGCAACCAUAUCUGCGGAGGGUCCCUCAUUGCUGAGAGCUGGGUGGUGUCAGCAGCUCAUUGCUUCAAUGGGGACAAGUCUGCCUAUCAUGUGAACCUAGGGGAAUAUCAGCUCCAGAACCCCUCUGAAAGUCUGGUAUCUUUUCCCAUCAAGGAGAUUUACCGCCAUCCCAGCUACACCAAUAUCGGGUCCAGCGGUGACAUCGCACUGGUGGAGCUGGAAACCCCUGUGAACUUCAACAGAGUUAUCCGCCCCAUCUGCCUUCCGGCCUCCUCUGUGGAGUUCCCUGCGGGCAUGGAGUGCUGGGUGACCGGCUGGGGUGACACUCAGUACGGAGGGAGCCUGGCAGCCCCCCAAACGCUGCAAGAGGUGCAGGUUCCCCUGAUAGACAGAGACACCUGCAACAACCUCUUCAACACUGGCUCAUACCCAGACGACCCUCAGGGGAUUGAUCCCGUCAAGCAGGAUAUGAUCUGCGCAGGGUAUCCACAAGGGGAGAAAGAUGCGUGUCAGGGCGACUCUGGGGGACCCUUGGUCUGCGAAUGGGACAACGCGUGGCUCUUGGCUGGGGUGGUGAGCUGGGGUGUGGAAUGCGCGCGCCCCAACCGCCCAGGGGUCUACAUCCUGCUGCCCCCCUACGCCGACUGGAUCCAGGGCUAUGUCCCCACCAUACCCUUCACCGUGCGUAGUAUGUCCGUCAUGCAGCACAACAGCGCUAGUGCUAGCCCUUUGGGAGCCCUAAGGAACAUUUUGGGGUCCUCCCCCACCCACACUAGACUAAAACAGGUAAAGCGGAUAGGGGGCCCCCUUGGGCUGCUCGGGGCCCUAAGUUAUUGCCUAGUCUACUUAUGCCUAGUGCCCCCUCUGCCUGCCAUGCUUCUCCUAGCUGCAGUUGUCCCCAUGAGCCUGUGAGAUGCACCCCCCAUGCCCCAGUGCAUCCCACCAGGCCCCCAUCAAAGCCCCCUCCAGAUGGGGGUUCACAAGCAGUCAAGCCGUAGCUUCCCUCUCCCACCUGGUUCAAUGCCAAAUUGUGUCCCUAUACCCUUCCAUUCUCUGCCCCCCCAUCCCUCUCUUGGGCUCUUUGCCAGCCACCCCAUGGCCUCCUUUGAGGCCUCUUUACACUCCUCUGCUGGGCGCCAAAAUAUCUCUCUGCUUUCAGGAAGGGGCUGUUAUUUCCUUUUCCUUCACUCCCUGGCAGCUCCGCUUCUCUGGCCUGUUUUUCCCUUUCCACAUUCUCUGCCUCAGUUUCCCCACCACACACCUGGACACCUUCCAAGACACUGGCACUGCAUUGGCUUGUGGGGGGACCCCAUCCUCAUAGCCUCACUCCCAUGUGUGCUGCUGCAUCAGCUGCUGCCCCAUUGCCCCACCAAUAGGCUUGUGCCUGGGCGAAUGGUGGGUGGGGGCUGCAUGCACAGAUCCUGGGCAAGCCCAUGGAGAUAGGGGGACAAGGUGACUUAGCCCUGCAGUGCCCUCAUCUGGCCGUGCUGAGAAUUGCAGACAGUGACCAACCCAAGCCCCAAGAUAAUUUAAGUCCCCCUCCAUCCCUUAGGGGUCUGGGAGGAUUUGAACCCAUGGCAGGGAUGGUGCUAAGAGCACAGCCACAAGGGAUCAUUGCGGUCCUCCAAUCUAGCCUCAUGCACGGCACAGCCCAGAUGGGCCAACCCAGGCCUCCCUCCCUCCCUCCAGCCCAUAUGUGAUGGCUGAGCUAGCACAUGACUCUUAGAAAGGGUGUCAUAAAGAUAGAGAGAAGAGCAGCAUAAAAUCCCUCCUGGCAGCUGUAUGGAAUCACCUUAUCUGUAAGGGGUUAAGUAGGUCAAAUAACCUAGUUGGCACCUGACCAGAGGGACCAAUGAGGAAAGAAGAUACUUUCAAAUCUGCGCGGGGCGGGGGGAGGUUUUGUUUGUGCUCUCUCUUUGUUGUUCCCUCUCUGGAUGGAGAGAGAAGCCAUUUCCUGAAAAUAUACCUGGAAUAAUCCAUCUAAAAUCACCGAAAUUGUAAGUAGGGCAAGGAAAUGCGUUCGGUUAUCUCUGGUUUUAGCUUGUGAAUUUUCCUAUGCUACAGAGGUAGUUUUAGUCCUGUUUUUGUAACUGUGAAGCUGAGCCAGAGGGGAAUUCUUUGUGUUUUACAUCUUUUUAUUUUCCUCUAAAGUUACUUUCCACCCUGCUUUUGCAGCUGUGAUUCUUGUACUUUUUUCUUUAUA